AUAAAUUGCAAAGUUAAUUUUCAGGGGAUAAUUUUGUUAUUUGUGUGUUCGUACAACCUUGAACGAGCACGCAAACAAUGUGGCAUAUUCUGAUAGCCAUCGCAAUAACUGCAAUACAAGUAAGUACCGCAGAUCCGAAUUAUUCGGCAUACUUUCUGCAAGGACUGAAUGAAGCAACACGUGACAACUCGAAUGAAAUUAGCGCCGACUGUCGACUCAAUUUGAUCCAUUAUCGAGACGGUCUCCUAGCAAACCAAGGAUGGGCAUUGGAAAUGUUGGACGCAGGAAGUAAGCUACCUUUAGAUACUGCAUUAAAAACCCCCUUCGAUUUUGGAUCUCUAUCUGAAUGUAUCGGGGUUAGUCGAACAGCAAAUAGGUCGAACCUGGUAGGGAAAUAUUGCUAUGCUCAUGAUGUUCUGGAUUUGGAUACUAAAAAUCGGUCACGACAUAUCAGUUUGGCUAGUUGUUUGCCAAAUGCUUGUUCCUCCCGUGAUUUAUCGACUUUGUACAAUUACUUUGGUAUAAAUGCGACUUUCAUUGAAGAGCUUUGCGAGUCUAGUUUGGUGCAAGCUGUGCUCGGGAUCGCCGAAUACUGUGGAAUAUCAUUCUUUGGCGUCAUAGGACUUUUAAUUAUAAUUUCAACUGGUUAUGAUAUAUACCUGAAAGUUACAGGAUUGGAACCCGAAAGACCUAAUUUAUUAACUUUUUCCGUUAUCAGAAAUAUUAAAGCGAUAUUUUCGAAAGACAGCGGGGAAAUACCAUGUCUCAAUGGAAUUCGAGUUCUUAGCGUCAUGUGGAUUAUACUCUAUCAGAGACAAGAAGUAUCUCGCUCGGUCAAUUCUGAAUGGUGGGACGGUCAUGCAAAACAAUCUGGACACCAUGAUCUUGCUAGUAUGUUUUUGCUUAACGGAUCAUUGGCAAUCGACACCUUUCUAUUGCUAUCAGGAAUUUUACUUUCAUAUUCGUAUUUAGCAUUAAAAAAGAAAGGGAGAUCGUUUAAAAUUUCUAAGUUCUAUAUACACCGCUAUUUAAGGCUUGCUCCAGUUUUAAUUGUGGUUAUAGUUUUUGUUGUAACGCUGCUUGGGCAGACAUCCUCCGGACCAUUCUCGAGAAGCACACUAAAUAGGCACAUAGUGGACGCUUGCAGCCAAAAUUGGUGGCAAUCACUCUUGUUCAUUCAAAAUUAUGUCCCAGAAGCGUGCCUGAGUCACACUUGGUAUUUGGCCAUUGAUGUACAGCUGUAUGUUAUUUCGCCAAUCUUCCUUCUUUCCUUGUCAAAGUGGCCUAAGUAUGCUACAGGUGUUACUAUUGCGUUGUUAGUUUGUAAUGCAGUAGCUGCUUUCACUUUCAGUUGGAUAUAUGAACUGAAUGGAACCAUGGAAGGAAACUUAAGGUUUCCCCAAAAGAUAGUGGAAUACUUUAUGUAUAUUUACUAUCCAGCUUAUAUGCGAGCGGCACCAUGGCUUAUAGGUAUACUAGUCGGGCACCACUUGCACAGAUCUAAGAACGUAACCUAUAAACUAUCAAAGCCCGUAGUUGUGGUACUGUGGGUGAUAAGUAUCACAGUUGUAGGGGCGAUGAUGUUCGGUGGAUAUGAUCUCUUAGUCUCGCCGGAUAACAAACUUGCAAAUUCGCUUUAUAAUGCAUUGGCGAGGCCAGCUUGGGCCUUAUCCAUCUCGGCAAUGAUCUUCGCCUGCAUCAACAAUUUCGGAGGUCCAAUCAAUCGGUUCUUAUCAUCACGAUUAUUCACAAUCUUGUCGCAACUUACGUAUACCUUGUAUGUUAUCCACUACGUUGUCAUUCUCAUUCUGGUUAGUAGAUCCCCAACGACAAAGACAUUUGGUAGCUUUGAAGCGAUGCACGAAUUUUGGGGUGAUUUUGCAUUUUCCUUACUUGCAGCAAUUUUGCUAACAUUAGGCGUGGAAGUACCAAUCCUGAAAAUUGAGAAGAGCAUUUCAACAAAUACCGGUAGAUACCAAGACACUGCGAAGAAAAUUAAUGAAAUUCCUAUGCUGCAAAAUAUCGAAAUUACUGAGUAACUGUUUCGGUUGGUUUCCUCCGAUAGUAGUUUAUGGUGUGCGGUGAUCAUCGUCCAAUGAAAUCUGUAAAUCACUUAAGGUGGUUGUUUUAGAGCACAUAUUAUUUUUAAUUUUGUUUCGUAUUCGUAGAAUUCCAAAUUAGGAUUAAAUCGGUUAUCAGAACGAAUCGAAAUUUACUUCGGGAUUUCCGGCUAUAAUUUCAAUGGAGUAUUUAUUUACGUUUGAAUGUUCCAGAAGGUCCCAGUAAGUACGCUAAACAAAUUACUGUAACAUACACGAACGCAAUAAUAUAAAUAGAACCGCUUCCAGUAUAAUCGUCCAUGGAACAUUGCGUUCCCUAUUACGGCUUUCAUUGAUAGUACUGCCUCCCACUUACACUUGCAUCACGUUUAUGUAUUUAGGUAAAAUGGUAUUUAAAAUAUUGGUAUUUCAAAAACACGAAUAGUAACUAACUAAAAUGGAAAUAGUUACAUUUAUAAGCCAUGGAUAAUUAUAUGUAGCUAUAGAGUACAAUAAGAGAUACACUGAUUUCAACUAACAUAUGCACUUAUUAAGUGAUAGGUCUAGUAUUAGGUAUUCUGUAGUGACAUAUUCUCUACCUCCAUAUGGUGCAAUCAGUGCAAUCUGUACUAAUGUAAAUUGGAACCUUAUUGUUUCAGUGAUUAAAUUUGCUCUUGAAUCGUG